AUGUCUCAACAAACCAUUCCACGCCGGUCAAAAUCUUCUCGGCACUUCUUCGCCGGAUUAGGCUCAGGAGUCGCCUCGGCCGUCCUUCUUCAACCUCUGGACUUGCUCAAGACACGAGUGCAGCAGUCCGGCCAUCGAUCCCUAACUUCCUAUCUUAAGGAAGUGGCCGCUUCGCCCAACAAAUUUCAAACCCUCUGGCGUGGUACUGUUCCCUCAGCACUGAGGACGGGUCUGGGGUCAGCCCUCUAUUUCACUUCACUCAACUCGUUCCGCCAAUAUGUUUCCCAAUCGCGUCUCCUUGGCCUCGACCAAGCUACAAGCCGAGUUUCUCACUCCUCGUCCUUACCGACUCUUGCGCCAUCGGCCAACCUCAUUUCUGGCGCCGUCGCUAGAACCUUUGCCGGCUUCGUUUUAAUGCCUUUGACCGUCAUUAAGGUUCGGUAUGAGUCCAAUCUGUACUCGUACCGAUCCAUCCUCGGGGCUUCGACCGAUAUUUACAGAAAUACGGGCUUCCGGGGAUUCUUCGCCGGCUUCGGCGCUACUGCUGUACGCGAUGCCCCCUACGCGGGCAUGUACGUAUUGUUUUACGAGUUAUUGAAAAAGCGACUGAGCGAUAUUUCAUCCCAGAGUCAGCCGACACGGAGCUAUAUAACAACCUCUCACGCAACGUUUGUCAACUUCAGCUCCGCCAUAAUGGCCGGUGCUGCUUGUUCCGUCAUUUCCAAUCCCUUCGAUGCCGUUAAGACAAGGAUACAACUCCAGCCAUCCAUUUACCGAAACAUGUACCAGGCUUGCCGCAAGAUGCUUGCGGAAGAGGGCGCUCGUUCCCUUCUAGACGGGGUCACACUCCGAAUGAGCAGGAAGGCAAUGAGCUCGGCUUUGGCCUGGACGGUUUAUGAAGAAUUGAUUAGAAGAGCUGAGCGCACCUGGACCUCCGACUUGACGACAAGAAUAGAGCCCUAG